AGAGACGGGGCCAUGGUGCGGCCCGUGAGGCAGAAGAAACCCGUCAACUACUCACAGUUUGAAGACUCUGACAGCGAUGAUGAUUUCGUCUCAGCAAAUGUACCUCUGCACAAGAAAUCCAGAACAGCCCCAAAGGAGGUUAAACCAGACAAGCCAAAGUCAAACGUGAAGAAUCUCCAGGUGGAAGACAUUGCACCCCAAGAGAAGACCCCUAAAAAAAGGAUGGCUCUGGAUGAUAAACUCUACCAGAGGGACUUGGAGGUGGCACUCGCUCUGUCCGUGAAGGAGCUUCCGCCCAUCACCGCAGGUGUGCAGAAGUCUCAGGGUAAAUACAUGCUGAAAUGCAACAGCGGUGAAACAGACACAAUGGAAAAGCCUCCACGUAUCUCUAAUUGCAGUGUGACCAGUGAUUCUAUAGAUUUGGAUACAGUUACUGAGGAGGACGACGUUUUGGAUACAGUUACUGAGGAGGACGACGUCGGCAGGGCCACCAGGAAACGCAAGGCAGCAUCCGACGCUGAGCUGCGGCAGAGGAAGACCCUCGAGGAAGAAGGCGAUGGCGACAGUACAAGUGACAUGGAACCGGAGUUUGCAACCAGUGAAGAUCCCACAGAUGACUCUGAUUAUGGACAGAGUGAAGAUAACGAUGAAAACUUCACCGUGAGAAAAAGUAAAGUUAAAGAAAUUAAAAAACGGGGAGUGCAGGCGAAAUCCCCAGGAGGAAAGAAAGAGAAGAAAUCUAAGUCCAAGAGCAGCGCUUCGGUGACUUCAGUCAGCUCUGCUGCAGCUGCUGUCGAAACCAAACAGUCUCCAGCCAAGCAGGUGUACUUCCCUGCAGAGGCCGCCAGGAAGCCGCUGCAAACCUACAACGCUGCAGCCGAAAGCAGGAGGCCCAAGUGGGUCCCCCCAGCGGCGUCUGGAUGCAGCAGCGCCAGCAGCAGCCCGCUCGCAGGAGCCACGGUGAAAUCACCAAACCAGAGUCUCCGCCUUGGCCUGUCCCGGUUGGCUCGAGUUAAACCUUUGCACCCAAGUGCCGCCAGUAGCUGA